GUAACAAAACACUACCACUUAUCAUGAAAACUCUGUUAAUCCGCGGAAUACAUUACACAAAUGCAAAGAUCUAGUAACGUAGACAGAGGGAAUUCAGAAUUUAAAAUUGGGGUCUAAGAUUCUUGACAAGUAAAGGACGGUAUUGCCACCAACUGAUUCUCGUUUGAUAGAAUUCAUUUACCUGCAACUUCCAAUGUGUUUGGUGUGCAUAGACUCGCUCCAUAUCUUCAUCAGUUAGGGGACUUCACAACUACCAACAAAAAAUUGCAAUUCCUCCUCCUUUCUUGCUUUUCACUGCCACCCACCUUGCUUAGCAAUGUGGAUUCAGUUGUAGGUAACAACAACAAUACUGUCGCUAUUAAAAAUGUCUACAGGGAUUCCAUUCUGUCAAAGCAUUUAUUGUGGCAGGACAUUGCAUUGAAAGAACAGUGAGAUGAGCAGAAUCCUGUGAUCUGUACUUAAUUUUCAACUUUUGCCUGCCAUACAUUUGUACAAUGCAGCUUCACAUAUCGCCCAGCUUAAGGCACAUCAGCAUUUAUACCACCAAUGGGUUUUGGGGCUUCAUGAAGGGGAAGGGCGCAGCGCGCCAUGUUAAAUACAGGAAUCUCCUGUAUUGUGUAUUGAUCUUCAUAUUUUUGAUGCGCUUUGUGUUCAUUCUGGCUGCUCUUGCCAGUUUAGAUGGGACAAAUGACUGUACUUCUCUAGUUUGCAUUGGGAAGAAGUUGGGACCCGGACUCUUGGGAAGGACUAAUAAAGCUCCUAGAUUGGCAAAGGAGAUAUAUGAGGUCCUGCAAGCAGAGAAUGUCGAGAUUCCAGAAGGUCUGCUCGUUCCGGACACAUUUGAAAAUUUUGUUGCUGAUCUGAAGGCCAAUCAGCAUGAUGCAAGGACGUUUGGUUUCAAGAUUAGGGCCAUGGUGGAGCAACUGGAACAGAAGAGGCGGUAUGCAAGGAUGCAGGAAAUAUUGUAUAGACAUAUUGCAGCAAGCAGCAUCCCCAAAGGUCUGAAUUGUCUUUCUCUAAGGCUGGCAGAUGAAUAUUCCUCCAAUGCAAAGGCUCGGAAGCCGCUACCUUCACCUGAAUUGGUUCCCUGUCUUAUUGACAACUCGUAUCAGCAUUUUGUUUUGGCAACUGAUAAUGUACUUGCAGCAUCUGUGGUAGUCUCAUCAGCUGUGAGGAACUCUGUCAACCCAGAAAGGAUAGUCUUUCAUGUUAUUACAGAUAAGAAGACAUAUGCACCAAUGCAUGCCUGGUUUUCUUUGCAUCCUCUUCCUCCUGCAAUUAUUGAAGUGAAAGGCCUACAUCAAUUUAAAUGGAUGACGAAAGAUAACAUCCCUGUUUUGAAUGCCAUGAAGAAGGAUCACGAAAUUAGAAGACACUAUGAUCAUGACAGUGCCAAUGGAACGAGCCCUACUCCCACUUUCAUGGCAGCUAAACUUCAAGCGCAAAGUCCUAAAUACUUCUCAAUAAUGAACCACAUCCGCAUAUAUCUUCCAGAGCUUUUCCCGGACCUUCAGAAGGUGGUUUUUCUGGAUGAUGAUGUUGUGAUACAGUCUGACCUGUCUCCACUGUGGGAUAUUGACCUUCAUGGCAAGGUAAAUGGAGCAGUGGAAACAUGUCGGGGAGAUGACUCUUGGGUUAUGUCAAAGAGAUUCAGAAGUUACUUCAAUUUUUCUCAUCCUCUCAUAGCAGAGAAUUUUGAUCCAGAGCAAUGUGCAUGGGCAUAUGGGAUGAACAUCCUUGAUCUACAAGCUUGGAGGAAGACUAAUAUCAGAGAGAAUUACCAUUUCUGGCUAAAGAAAAAUCUAGAUUCUAAUCUAAGGCUCUGGCGCAUGGGGACUCUGCCACCAGCACUAAUUGCAUUUAAUGGGCUUGUUCAUCCUAUUGAUCAAUCUUGGCAUAUGUUAGGAUUAGGCUAUCAGCCUGAAACCAAUUUUGACAAUAUCCAGAAAGCUGCUGUCAUUCACUAUAAUGGCAGGGCAAAGCCAUGGCUGGACAUAGCCUUUCCUAAGCUGAGGCCUUUGUGGGCAAAAUAUGUAGAUUUUUCAGAUGAUUUUAUCAAACGUUGUAAUAUAGUAGAUUCUGAACUCUCAACAUAACUACUUCCAUUCAAUCUUUGUUUGGUGGUCAGCUCUCCAAAACAAGGAUGAAUAAUAGGCAAAUGAUAGGUCUUCCUGUAGAUUGUAUAGAUUGAUCGGGUGUAAGUAUCAGAUGAGCCUUGUUCAUUCUCCCAAUUGUCAUUAUCUUUCUGGUUUUUUGCAAGAUUUCUUUUGUAUAUGUGAACGGGGGGAUUUGAUCCAAGAGUAAAGUUUAUCCUUAAUGAACACAUUCGGAAAAAUUAUGUUCGAGCAUUCACUUAGCAAUCCAAAAACAUACGGGUUAUAUGUUUUGAAAACUUCACUGUUUAUUUUGUAAUGUUUAUCAAGGGAAUUAUGUUGCUGC